UUUCGCCUUCUUUCCCCUUCCUUGGUCUCCCUCCCGCUCUCUCAGUUGCUCCCUCCCUCCCUCGCUCCCUCCCUCUCUGGUGUGAAGGUUGUGUGUGUGUGUGUGUUGUUUUUUUCAGAAAGCUCAGUGUCUCCGAGGAAGGGGGAGAGAGACAGAGCUGCACUGGCUGCCUCCAGGAUCCUCUCCCAGCUUCGAGCCCCCGAGAUGGGAACAGCCCUCACUGUUUCCAGGGCAGCCUUUCGACUGACACUACAAAGAUACAAAAUUCACUCCUGAAGGACGAGAAGCAGAGGGGGGUCUGCAGCUCCUGCCUCCUUGCACCCAGGCUCUCGCUAGGAAUUUCAGAGGUUGCCCUGAUGCCAGGCUGACACUCCACAUACUGUUGUUGUUAUCUUUAGUAUUUUCCUCUUCUCCUUUUUUUUCCUUCCCCUGCCCCACACCCCACCCUAAGCCCUUGGCUCAGCCUGUGGCUCAUUCUAGUUGUGGGGUUUGCUGGGGGGAGCCAUUUAGUGAGGCGAGGGUGACUCGUCUUUUCCCGCCAGCUGACGGAGUGAUACGGCUUGUGUCCUAGCAUCUGGCUGGGAAUUUUUGAACACCCUCCUGGCUGUGUCUCCGGAGGAGAGGGGCUUUUCUCCCCUGAGGAGGCGGGCGAGGCGCUACCCAGCCUCCAUCCCCAUUGACGAGGCGACUGCGAUGGCAAGCGGGAGUGGCGCAUGGAUGGAGCGGGGUUACAUCUUCGGAGUCUGUUGCCUGGUUCUGUGGGACCCAGGGCAGGUUUGGACCAGAGCGCCCAGCACCCAGGAUCCUGAGCUGGAGGGACAGGUGGAGAGUCAUGGUAACACCAGCUGGGCUCCCACCUUGGAGGACACCGUGGUGGCUCCCACUGAGGCUGUGCCAGGUGGGGACAGGUGCCGUGGUUACUACGAUGUCAUGGGGCAAUGGGACCCUCCAUUCAAUUGCAACUCAGGGAUCUACCAGUACUGCUGUGGGACCUGUGGGUACCGCUUUUGCUGCCAGUUCAAGCACGGGCGGCUGGACCAAAGUGGAUGCUCCAAUUACGACACCCCCAACUGGGUCAACACAGGCCAGCCACCGGCCCGGGUGGAUGAGACCCCUGAGGAUCCUACCAGAGACAAGACCAACAUGAUUGUAUAUAUCAUCUGUGGCGUGGUGGCCAUCAUGGUGCUGGUGGGCAUCUUCACCAAGUUGGGCCUGGAGAAAUCACGGAGCCCCCCGACGGAGAUGACCAUGUCCAGAACGCUCACAGACUUACUGAAACAGCCGGGCCACGGCCCCUCGGACCACAUGACUGACGGUCACGUGGGCAGCAUCCAGGUCCAGAUGGGUGACGGGCUUGCCCUGAGCUCCCCCAGAAAUGGCACAGAAUCUUUCUUUGCAUUUCCAGACAAUAUGCACUUGAAUAAUGCUGUGGUCAGCACCUCUCUCGCCUCCCAGAUGGGGCUGCCACAUGCCCACAGCAACCGGCUGCAGAUGACGAGCACCAUGCCCCACCAAGCUCCGGACUACACCAAGUAUGCCACGCUCAAGGCUGUAGAGAGCGCACCCGAAGAAUUCUACAAGCGGUUUCCCAUGGUGGACAUGCCUCCGCCUGGUCCUCUGUCCUUCCCACCCAUGGGGCUGCAUCAGAACGACGUGCCUCCCCUGCACGACAGCUGCGCCUUGGUUGGCUUGGCUACACCCGGGCAGAAGGCCAAAGUGGUGAAAACCAACGCCCACCCACUGGUGGCCAGCCCUGCCUUCAAGGGAGGCUGGGAUCCCAGCCAUCACCACCCCCCUGAUGUCCGCCGACAGAUCUAUGCCAACAAGCGCCAGUUCAGCGUGGAGAAGCUGCCGGAGGUCUUCAGCCAGACACCCACCCACUAUGUCCAGCCCUCGCGGCCCUUCUCCACCAAUAGCAAGACUGAGGUCACUGUCUAAAAAGAACCUUCAUCUUUUCUUUUUAUGUCCCAGCAGCCUCUGGGGCUAAUGGUCUUGCCAGCCCAGACCACCAGCUAGCAAAGUACCAGAGGUGCUUCCCCGUUAUAGCUAGUGGCAUUAGGCUGGGUGUCAGGAGGGACGAGGAAGGUGGGGGAAAUACCCACCAGCACAGGUGCCCACACCUCCUGAGAGUACGCGGAUAACGUGCAUGGUGAAACAGGCAUGCAUGUUGCCCUGUGAUUGAUGCACGGCUGUUGUUUCCAGUUCACCUGUCCAUCACAUCACACUUGUACCAGAACGGUCAAUGUUGAGGGGACCCAGGGAGAAGGCACCCCCCGCCCCAUGAGAGGAAGGACAACAGGUGGGAGAUGUGAGACAAGCAAUUGCAAUAACCAUUAAGGCCCAUUGGGUUCGCACGUGUAACCUGUCCCCUCCCUCUGCCCCGCCAUGUGGGUUUUAAACAAGGGCACACAACCACCAGUCAUGCCAGUAUAAACAAACUGUACAAAAGGGCAGCUGGCAAGGGCUCACAAGGAGUUUGACAUUUCCCUUCACUUCCAGCUCAGCUCUCUCCCCUGCACACGCUAGGCACCAGCGCUGAGUGGGGGUGGGGAUUUUUCUUACACCCAUUUUUGAAUGUUUCAAAUGAGGGCCUAGCUGACCCAGCAGUUCUUGUUGCAUUCAGCUCCCGCAGGCCAGGGCUGUGGGUCAGUAGGUGAAUGCGGGGCUGCCCCUGCUGGAUGCAGAAUAGCAAAAUAUAGGUCCUAUGUAAACAGUGACUGCUGGCUGAGGUUGCAAGGGAGGGGGGGAGGCGCUGACCAUUAUUUUUAGUUUCUGUGGGACAUUUCUGCCAGCAGAGGCAAGGCUGAACACUGGCUUUGGCAGCUCAGGUGGGGGCUGAUGGGGGCAUGCUGAUUUAAAGGGGUGCAAAGCUGUCUCAGUGGGUAGGCUCCAUGGCCUGGCUGCAUCGCAUUUUCCAUGGAGCCUUUCUGGCUGCAGCUACUGCCCAGCACCAGGCCCUGACGGUUGCUCCUGCCAGGUUACAGCCCAGUAGAGUGUGUGGGGCUUGGGAUGGGGUUGUGGCUCCAGAACAGAGCCUGACCUCUCCCACCACGCUGGGUGUGAUGGCCAUAGGUGUCAUGCGCUUCACUCCUUCCCCCUCAACCUUGUGUCGUUUUCCCCCACACCCCUGCCCCAGGCCCAGCCAUGUUCCCUUCUCCACUUGUACAGGUUCCAGAACAAGCAGCAGUGCCAAGCUGGCCACUGGGCUUGCUGCUAGCGCUGGAGCUGCUGGGCUUCAGUCACACCCCUACCAGCUGUUAUUGCACACACCGGCUACCUGGGUCACAGCCCAACCCAGCAGCCACGGCCCAGCCCCAUGGAACUGUAUCCAGAGGUCUCGGGCUGGGUCAGCCCAUGGCUCCCUGGCCAUGUUCAACCAAUCAUCAUGGUCCACCAUGGAGGUGCUCAAUCUCCCUUGUGCCCAAGCCGUUGAGACCCACCCCUGGCCUAGGUUUGAAAAGCCACUGCUGCUCUGGGGAAAAGGCCACAUUGCUCGUCCCUUUGCAGGGGCUGGGCUUUUCUAGUCACGUGUCUGUGUCACUCACUUGCUGCCCUUGUCAAUCUUUGUUUCCUUAAUUCUGCUCCAUUCCUUUUCAAAAGGGCUUUGUACCACAGCCACGUGUGUGGCUAAUGUCUACCCGGCGGAGUGCCAGCCCUGUAAAGGGGCCAUGCCCCUGAGCAGUCCCUCUCUGCAGCUGUAUUUCUACUACCUGGGCAAGAAGCACAUGCUUGGCCAUCGGCAGGGCCAAACCACGGCUACAGCUUGCAGGGUAGGUACAGGUGAUGCUGCUGAGGUCAGGUGUGAACUGAGGACCUUCAGCACCAGAAUAAUAAGCCACUAAUGCUUGAGCUAGAGGACAGCUCCUCUGAUGAGCAGCAACACUGUCAUAAACAGAUAGCUAAGGGUUAAUGUCUCUUUCACCUAUAAAGGGUUAAUAAACAGUGACCUGCAAACACCUGACCAGAGGACCAAUCAGGAGACAAGAUAAUUUCAAAUCUUGUGGAGGGAAGCCUUUGUUUGUGGGUUUUGGGUUUGGUUUUUGUUCUCUCUGGGUCCUGGAUGGGGCUAGAGGUGCAACCAGGCUUCUGCCAAUCUCCCUGCUACAGUCUCUUAUCUAUUCAGAAUUGUAAGUAAGUGAAAGAGACAUUAACCCUUAGCUAUCUGUUUAUGACAAACACCUCUUAGCCAGCUACUAAAGGUAAACAUGCCACACUGGGUUACCUUUUUACCCCCAUCACUCCCCCCCACCAUUCAUCUGUCCACAAGGCAAGAGUGAAACGAGUGGGAAGAAAAAUGGAACAAAAAUGUUCUAAUAGUCCCGGCUUGCUUCCUCCCCUGCUAAUUUGACUUUCACACAAAGUUUAGGAUCCUGCAGGAGCUGACAAAGAGCUGCCAGUUUUCCUUCCUGCUGCGCUCUGGUUGCUGCAUGGUGACACAGGCGUCAGUGGGGAGGACUCAGUGCAUGCCCUUUGCACAAUGCACUGAACAGCUUCCAAUAGGCAUGGACCUCUACUCAAUCCUGAGGGGCGGGAGCCUGUUAGCAACAUGGGCUGCCUCCUCUGGCACCAGCCCAUGUGGUGGGCCCAUCAUGUCUGCUCCUGGAUGAGGUGUGCACCCCCAAUGACAGCCAGUGCAGACCCCCACCAAGGGCUGCAUACCCACUUCAUGCUGAGGACAGGCCAGGUGCCCACCUUCCUUUCCUUGGUGAACUAGGGCUUCCAUAUUGUUUCUGAUGCCUGGAUAUUAAGUGACUUUAGGCCUUGUGCCAGCCCAAACCCUUCAGUGGUUGAGGCUGGGCUUAGCCCUGCAGCGCAGGCAACCACACCACACUCUCCCUCCCAGCCCAAACUGGCCUUUUUUGUAAACCAAAGGGCUUUGCCGCAUCAAGGCCCAUUUGGCUCUUGGCCUCGCUGAGGCUGCGAACAAGGAGGCCAAUCAGUGCCAAUUGCCAGGUGUGUGAGGCAGAGAGCGCUGCAGCCACCUGGCCCCUCUGGCAGAUGCUGGAAUAAAGCCACCACGCAGCAAUCAGCUGGCAAAGCUGCCAAGUGGGGGCUGGGGGUUGGACUGAUGCCCCAAAGGGGAAAGGCUCCUCUCCCCCUAUUCUCUUCAUUCCAGCCCUGGGACCUUUGAGCCACUGGAUCCUUUAGCAAUAAAUGCCACCCCCACCCCCAGGAGCCUGAGCCGUGCAACUGGCUGUGAGGGGACAAAGAGAGAGAGGGCUGGGUAGGACAGCCCGGCCAUGGACAGCCAGAGCAGAACCAGGGCACUGGCUGCACGAGGGGCAGGGCCACGGCCACAGGGGCUCAACCCUUGUGUUCUGCCAGCCCUGGGUCAUUUUUGUUUGUAAGUCCCACUUUCUGCCCCCCCUGCCUACAGAAAUAA